AUGUUCAGAAAUGAAAUUAACUUACAUUUAGUUGUUGUCUUAUUGUAAAGAAAAUCAAAAACAAAUUAUACAAAAAAUAGUAAAGAAAGCACUAGAUUUUGCAAUUCUUUGUGGCAGUCCUAUUUGAAUCUAUUUAUAAAUGAGUGUCAUAAAAUGAGGAUGUUAUUUAAUAAGCAGAUAUAUGUAUCAAGUAGAAGUGGGCUUCAUAUGAAGAAAUUUUGGAUGGAUACCUAAAGAGCAAAAGGACCAAAUAACAUUUAAUCAACUAAUAAAUUACCAGUAUUAUAUUUUAACAAUGCGAUAAAUGGUUUGAAUCACUUAAUUGUUAUUAUAUGUUAGAAGAAGAAUUAGGAGUCACAAAUAAACGAUAGAGAAAAUGAAUGA